CAGAAACAUGUUUUUAUAAGUUAAAAACUGUUUAUAAGCAAUGUUGACUGACUUGUAUGCAUAGAUGUCACAUCUUCUCAAAGAUAGCUUCCAAACAAAAAAAAAUAAAACAUGUCAGGGGUGUGGGUGUUCAACAAGGGGGUCGUCCGGCUGGUGGAGAACCCGGCGGCGGCGGCGGGGGGCGGGGGCGGAGGGGCGGGGAGGAGCAAGGCGCUGGUGCAUUUGCCCACGGGGGCGGCGGUGAGGUCGUACGGGGAGCUGGAGGAGAUCCUGAAGGGGUUGGGGUGGGAGAGGUACCACGAGGGGGACAGCCCGGAGACGCUCCUCCAGUUCCACAAGCGCUCCUCCGUCGACCUCAUCUCCCUCCCCCGCGACUUCGCCAAGUUUAACUCCGUCUACAUGUACGACAUCGUCGUCAAAACCCCCAACGUCUUCCACGUUCGCGACGUCUGAUGAUUAGUUCGUUACAUUUUCGGUGGCUGGCCGGUUGGGAAGUAGGGGACGUGCUGGGUGGUAUUAUUAUUACUAUGUUGUUGUUGUUGUUGUUAAUUAGUUAGCCAUUGGUAAUUAAUUGUUCUAUUUCUUCUAUUUUAAGUGUUCGUUUUAAUUUUCUUGGUAUAUCGAAAAUAAUUGGUGUAGAUAUGA